AUGCGUGCAGCUGACCACGCACAGCGUGUCCUGGCCACUUUAAACCAGCAGAGAGCAGCAGGGAGCUUCUGUGAUGCCCUGCUGAAAGUGACCGACGGAGCGGUCUACACAGCCCAUCGCAGCGUACUGGCCUGCUUCAGUCAAAUCUUCCGAGGGGCCAAUACGGAAGCCACCUCACCCAGCAUGGAGUUCUGUCUUCAAGAUUGUUCAAGAGAAGGUGUCGAGCUGCUGCUGGACUUUGUUUACACAGGAGAAAUGAUACUCAAUCCGAAUGUGUUGGACAAAGUGCAGAGUGCAGCAUCCAGGUUGUGUGUCCCUGAAGCACUCGCAAUGUGUCAGCGCUUCAGGGACGAGCCCGUGGAUACUGUGCCUAAUCUCAAACGAAGGAGGGGUAGACCCAGAAAGACAAAGUCUGAUGUCUCCACCUCACAAAACAAUCUGACAGUUGCCAAAGACCAGUUAGAGUCAGAGGGUGUCAUAGAUGGCGUCAAGGCCACUGCCAUCACUCGAUCUGGCCGAGUGGUUAAAGAGCCCAGACGGAUGUUCUCCGAUGAAGGUGAUCCCAGUGAGGCCCCGCUUUCUUUAUCAGACCAAGAAAGUGCUAAUUAUGAGGAUCAGGCCAAUGAACAUCCAACUGGUCAAGUUCAGAUUGACAAAUUGCCGAACAACGUAGAUGAGGAAGGACCAAAUCCAGACAAAAGCCUCCAUUUGGAGACGCCCGUCCACGACUCUGAUGAGGAUUACGUCCCCACCCUCAAAUCCAAUCCCGAGGCAACAUCUAUGCCGAGAGCUCUCCACCAACGAGGCAGCUUGCACGAAAGUGAGGAUGGAGAAGCGGCAGAGGCAGAAUCUGAAAACUCUGUGCGCUGUCCUGUCUGUCAUAAAGUCUUCAAGAGCAAAUAUUACCUGAAAGUGCACAACAGACGUCAUACAGGCGAGAAACCAUUUGGUUGCCACAAAUGCGGAAAGCACUACUUCAGAAAAGAGAAUCUUUUAAUACAUGAGCUCAGACACUGUGCUGCAAAACAGACAUUCACGUGUCAGACGUGUUCAGCGUCAUUUAAAGGGAAACAGGAGUUGCGUGCGCACGUUGUCGACUCACAUGCGGAAGAGCUGCCCUACAAGUGUAAAGAAUGUGCCGAACAAUUCAUGUACAAAAAACACCUGAUGUGUCACAUGAUGAAGGUCCAUGGUCAUCCUAAACCACACGCUUGUCCACAGUGCCCCAAAACCUUCUGGACGCGCCACGAGCUGCGUGUGCACGAAGCUGCCAAACACCUUGGGGAAAAGCCCUUCGUGUGCGAAGAGUGUGGCCAUCGAGCGUCCACUCGCAAUGGCCUGCAUAUGCACAUCAAGGCUAUUCACAGAAACGAGCGCCCCUUCCUUUGCAGCAUCUGCGGCCACGCGUUCUCCCAGAAAAACAACCUUACCAUGCACCUGCGUGUGCAUAGCGGCGAAAGACCCUACCAGUGUCACCUGUGUGGCAAAACCUUCCGUACACAAGGGAGCCUCGAAAAACACAAUCGGACACACACGGGCGAGCGGCCCUUCCCCUGCGAUAUAUGCGAGCAACGCUUCACAGAGAAGGGUGCCCUUCUUCGCCACAAGGCUUGCAAGCACGAGGAGGGUCGCCCCCACUGCUGCGAUAUAUGUAAUAAGACUUUUAAAGCCAAAGAACAACUACGAGUCCAUCUUCGUCGUCAUAAGGGAAUGAGGAAGUUCGAGUGCGCCGACUGUGGCUACAAGUUCACCCGGCAGGCACACCUGCGUCGACAUGCUCAAAUCCACAAAAGGACUGAAAACUACAACCCACGACAGAGGAAACUGAGGAACGUGGUUGUAGAGGAGCAGGAUGGAGGUCCAGGUGAUUUGGAAGCCACCAAACCAGCUAAGGACUCACCGGUCGAUGUGGAAGCUGUCGGCUCUCAGCCCCCUAGCAUUGAGGACGGCUCCAUUGUUGCAGUUCUGAUUGAGUAG